AUGGCUAACUUCAGUGGUGACCAUACGGAACACCCGCCGGGCACAUUCUUGAUGGCUGACCAUGACGCCGGAAGUGACCCGAAUGUUAUGUCUCUUCAUCCCAAGCCUUCAAAUGAUCCCAACGACCCCUUGGCUACUGAUAAAGCUAGGGUCGCGGUGCAACCAACAUUCUGGCCGCAAAUGACAGUUGACCUACACACGUCUAUGGACACUCUUAGCCAUGGAAACAGCAGCAAGCUCGCCGGGCUCGCGAUUGGUGGUUUUCUCAUCGUUCCCUUCGCUGUUAAAUACGGACGUCGACCAGCCUACAUAUUCUCCACCGCUUUGAUGACAGCCGCCUCCUGGUGGUCUUCUCGACUUCAAUCAUCUCCAGAGCAGAUAGCUGCCAAUUUUCUGACGGGUGUAUCAGGCUCUGUGAAUGAAGCCUGUGUACAGAUGACGAUUGCCGAUUUGUUCUUUGUUCAUCAGCGAGGUCGGGCCAAUGCAGGCUAUUUCUUCGCCAUUCUCUUCGGGACAUACGUGACGCCCAUCGCAGCCGGAUCUCUCGCUGCCACAAAGGGCUGGCGCUGGUCAUACUACGCUUUAUCUAUAGCCUUGACAGUUGAGACAUUACUUCUUGUUUUCGGCCUCGAAGAAACAAAGUUCGUGCUCCCUACCUUAUCACCGACCGGGGACAGACACGCACUGGCCACAAUGGCGGAUCGAGACAAGUUGGCAGUGGCACAACAUGGCCCUAUGCCUGAUGGCAAGCCAGACUUGGUCCUAGAGCAACGCAAUUCUAUGCAGAAUGCUUCAGCGACACUCAUUCUCCCCCACACCUAUUGGGAACGCAUGCGACUAAUCACAAAGACCGAUGAGAAUCUGCUCCAGGUCCUCUUGAGGCCUCUCUACGUCGUCCUUCUGCCACACAUCCUGAUCACCUCUGUGGCCUUUACCUUCCCAAUUACAUGGCUUGUGCUAGUGAUCAUUAUGAACCCAAUGUUCUUCGCUAACCCGCCCUACAACUUUACUACAGCGGUUGUGGGCUAUAUGAACAUUGGACCUUUUAUCGGCUCACUUUUUGGUCUCUUCUAUGGCGGGAUACUCUCUGACUGGUCUGUCAAGUGGUUGGCAAGGAAGAAUGGCGGACUUUACGAGCCAGAAAUGCGGCUCUACCUCUUGAUUGGUCCAGCAUUUGCUAUGUGCGGUGGUCUGAUACUCUACGGCGUCACAGCAAGUGCGGGCGCACACUGGAUUUGGCCCAGCAUCGGCGGUGCCCUCUUUGCGGCCGGUUUGGGAGCGCAUGGCGAUAUAACGUUUACAAUGAUCAUCGACACCUAUCGUGAAGUCGUGGCAGAAGCUUUCAUCAAUGUCACCUUUAUUCAGAACCUUGGUGGCAUAAUCUUACCACUGGUUCGCCCUUCUGUUCAACGAGUCCUCGGUCCAAGAAACCAGUUUAUCUUAGCUGGAGGUAUCUCCAUGCUUGUAUCGUUUAUGUUCAUCCCGCUGUACGUAUGGGGGAAGCAGCUGCGGAUCAUGUCUGCAGGCCGAUACUAUGCUGCUGUUGAAAAGGUAACUCGAUGA